UUGCUUUACAUUAGUGUGAUAUGAUUCUACUCGCAGAUUUGUUUCUGCGCGAUACAACGAUUUUCAAAAAUGAGGAGGAAUCACAAAGAGACACCUCAGCAUCAAGCUAUGCUGGGAUUAAGGAGUAGUAAAAUGGACAGAACAAGAGAAGGAGUGGCGAUGACGUUCGCUCCAGAAUUGAGUAACAGGCCUACAAAUCAAGAUUUCUGCCAGGAAACUGCACGACCUGAGGAAGUUCUGGCACAUGGGAAAAAUAGUAUGCACUCUAUGGCAAAGCAGAACAUCCACGUAGUUAGCAUUAACAAAUCCAGAAAUAAAUUAGUCGACCCCGUAAAGAUUUUAGAAGGUAAACGAGCAGGUGCUGGACCUGCAGCAAAGAGCCCUGGGAAACCAAAACUUCUUCCCAGAAUGCCCAGAAUGGAUCCAAUUGUUCAUCCCCCAUUUAGAGCACUGAUGCGCAAGGAAACGUUAAGCGAAACAUAUGGCAAUCCUCAGGCACAUGGGGAAAAUAGCAUGUGCACUACGGCAAAGAAGAAUAUCCGCUUACGUGUCGCUAACACAACCAGAAAGAAAUCAGUCAAACCCAGAAAGACCAUAGAAGUAUUUGGACAAGCAGGUGCUGGACCUGCAGCAAAGAGCCCUGGGAAACCAAAACUUCUUCCUAGAAAGCCCAGAAUGGAUCCGAUUGGUCAUCCCUCAUUUAGAGCACUGAUGCGCAGGGAAAAGUUAAGCAAAACAUCCGGCAAUCCUCAGGUACUUACAGGUACUACAGAGGUAAAGAGUAAGUAUCUUGAGCCUACAAUUAAGGUAGAACCUCAAUUAAGAACUAACAUUACUGAUGCUGUCCUGGAUUGCAUAACCUCUGGAUCGUUCAAGAAUCAGCUCACUCUGCGCAUUGUGGGUGAAAUUGAUGAUAUACUAGCAAAAGCUGUGUCCCAGGUUCACAAGCAACAGCAUCCCGUGAGAUUCAGUGCAGCAGGGGAUAAGAUAAACAACAUCUCCCGGGAACAACAAUCAAGCAACAAUGUUUUCAUGCCUGGCUUCAGUGAUGGUGUGGCAUCUAUGAUUGGUUGUGCACUGAUAGAACUUAGAGAAGAUGUGAAAAAAACUUUUACAAGCCAGUCACACGAAUUUCAGACAGCCUCACCAACGGCAUGCGAUUCUACAACAGAAAUAGUGGAGAGUCUCUUUGAAAGUAUGCUUGAUUCCUUGAUUCCUCAACUGAAACCAGAUGUUAGCACUGAAAAGGAUCCUAGCGCGAUUGAUUCUCUUUAUAGCUAUGAGUUUGAUACAGUGUCUGAUAGUAUCCUUCCCAGCACUGACUCAGAUGUCAACCAGAGUCCAGUCCAUGAGCCAAGAGGAGGUGCUGAUGACGAGUCUAGCAUCACAGCUCAGGACAUUGAGACAUUAGACAUUGUGAAAGAGAGAGCUGACUCCCCAAGAAGAUCUACCAAAGUCCCAUUCUCCACAGUAUUUGACCAGUCUUCUGGACCUGAAGUUAAGGCCAAAGAUGAGGUUGAGGGCAUCUUGGCUGCUUCUGGAAGCAUGAGCCCCCUUGAUGACCCUCUGACUUCAAGAGUCAAAUCUGACUCCUAUUUGGAUGCAAGCGUUCUUGAGGUCACUGCUACUUCUUCAACAGAAAAUGUUGACCACAUGUCAAGAUCUGAUGAAGUUGCAGAAGAAGGACUUUUGGCUAAAUCAGAUGUUGAGCUUGAGCAAAUCAUGGCUGCUCCUUCUGAGGAAAACACUCCUUCUGACAUUACAUCCCAAAGCCUUCACCAGGAAUGUACUAGCCCUGUCCCUUCACCACCUUCUAGUGAUAAGCCAACCUCCCCAAGAGGAUCUGCCAGGAGAAGGGCAUGUCCUGUAAAAGUCAGCUCUUUGCCAAACAUAUUCUCUGACAGAGGAGAUGGCAUCUUUGACCAGUCUCACCAAAAGUUAGAGAGUGUUGACAAGCGUAGACUUUCUCUGACUGGCAUGGAAAUGGGUUCUUCUGAAAACAGAAGCGGCCUUGAUGGGCCUCUGAGUUCAUCUGAAGCAUCUGAUGUUGAAGAAGCUGCAGCAAAAUCAGCUGGUUACAAAGCAGUACUCUGUUGAAAUUAUUCUGAUGUAUUAAAUUAGUGCAAAUAAAUGAACCAUCCAUUCAUUAUCUUUUUACACUGUUCUUUCUUGUUUCCAAAUUGUAGCCUCCCCAAGAAGAUUGUUGUGGGAAAUAAUCUUUCCAGCUUAACAAAAAACUUCAGAGACAGAGGGUUUGUAGCUGUCAAAAAGUAAUUAAACCAGUGUGCUUCAAUUAAUUGUUCAUGUCUACAUGUUAUCUUAAAUUUGUGGAGCAUGUGCAGUGAGGACAAGGUUUCUUUCUUUCUUUCUUUUUUAAAAAAAAAAAGGUUUCACUCAGACAGAGUCUUUGUUUUUUUGUUUCUCUCUGUCCAACACUCCCUUCUUAUGUCUCAAUAAGCUUCUGUCUGUUUCUAUCUGCCAUCCUAGCUGAUAUCUACCUCCCUUCCUGAAGCACUAUCUGAACUCGUUAAUUGGUUUCCGGCCUCAAGGUUGUUUUUUUGAUCAUAGACUUUUUGUUGGAAAUUUGCAUUUUACAUCUUAUAACACCGCACCCAGCAGCCCCAGCAAAACAAUCACAGCCAAAACCAAAAGAAAGGGGGAAACAAAAAAC